AUGAAGAUGGUGCCUGACGGAGGAGAACCGACGUGCGAGGAGCUCGACGCACUGCGCGAGCGGCUCAGCAGUCCAGAAUUGGACCAGCGCCACCUGUUUAAUGGUUGGCCUGCGUCGGCGGAGGAAUACACGGAGGAGCAGAGACGGUUGAUGCUGGAAUUAUUUCGCUUCAGAGACCAUUACAGUGGUGGCGUUGAACAGUACGUGCGUAAUGCCCAGCGUCUUUUCAAGGGGUUGAAAAACACACGACACGAGUACGCCGCUCUUGAACUCCCGCCUUACGUGUACGAGGCGCCUUCUCUCUUUGACCGCAGCGAGGAGUUGAUGAAUCUCGAGCGUGAAGGAUUGGGUUACGUCAAGAAGAGUGUUUUUGUGCUGGUAGCGGGGGGUCUGGGGGAGCGUCUCGGGUACUCUGGGAUUAAAAUUGGUCUGCCUGUCGAGACGGCUACGAACCGUUGCUACCUUGAGCACUAUCUUCGGUGGAUCAAACACAUCGCAGGACCGAAUGCCCCCUUUGUCAUUAUGACAUCCGAUAAUACCCACGAACGCACGGAAAAGCUUCUUCGAGGCUUGGGGCUUAAUAUGACAAAUGUGCAUCUUUUGAAGCAAGAGACAGUCUUUUGUUUUAACGAUAUCACAGCACACCUUGCCAUUGAAAAUGGGAAGUUACUUCGGAAACCCCACGGCCACGGAGAUGUACACUCAUUGCUGUACCGAUCUGUUGAUCGCUCGUCCGGGAAGCGGCUUGUGGAGUUAUGGCAGUCUCAGGGUUAUUCUUACAUUGUUUUUCUACAAGAUACAAACGCUACUGCCACAUUGACGAUUCCGGUUAGUCUGGCGAUAAGUGCCAAACAUCGCCUGGCAAUGAAUUUCACGUGCAUUCCUCGUCAACCCAAGGAGGCGAUUGGACUGCUGUGUAAGGUUCGCAUGUUUGGUUCAAAUAUUGAGCGGACAAUAAACGUUGAGUACGACAUUUUUGAGUCUCUGGCGGCAUCAUUGACAGAACUCGGGGGUGACCGGGCAGCUCCCGGGUCCAUUUAUUCCUAUUUCCCUGGAAGCAUUAAUACGCUUAUUCUGAACAUGGAUGAUUACAUCCCGCUGCUUACCGAAUUUUGUGGCGUUGUUCCGGAGUUUAUUAACCCCAAAUAUACAGACGACAGCAAGACAACAUUCAAACCAUGUCGUAUUGAGUCACUUAUGCAGGACAUUGCGCUUCUUUUUGGCCCUGAGGAACAUCGCGUUGGGGCUUUGCGAUUUAGUCGUUUUACAUAUCAACCGGUGAAGAAUGGGCUACAAGACGGGAUCAAGAAGUUUGCUCAGGGACUUGCGGCGUACUGCGCAGCCACAGGGGAGGAGGGCUUCUAUGAGGCCAUUCGUCUUCGUUUGCAGGCUGCCGGACUGAAUUUGCCAACACGCCCCAAAGAUGCCUACGAUGUAGAUUUUGGGGCGGGGCUGAAAGUGCGGCUGUUCCCCAUCAUUGUUGCGGACGCCAUGGCGAUGGGGGUUUCCGUUGAAGACAUCACACAACGACUUCUCCCGCACCCUGAACACGUUAAAGUGAGCGCACGGAGUGUUCUGCUUGUUGAGGGUUGCGUACGCAUUGAGAGCCUCGACCUUGAUGGUGCUCUGCGUCUUGUGGGCCCGACAGACGAAAAUGCAGCGCCGCUUGUUAUUAAUGCGAUGACCGUGAAAAAUGCCGGCUGGGUGGUACGCCCGUUAUCCGCGGAUGAGAGUGCAGAUGAGAUUUAUCGAAUACGGGGAUAUGUGAUUGAGGAAAAAGAAAUGCAGGCAGUUCAUCAUGCGAAGCUUUAG